UGUUGGAAGGCCGUCCUUCAUUUGGCGGUCUUUAGUCCGUUUUGGUUGGCGGUCUAUUUAGUUCUCACUUUCUCCUAUAUGAUGUUCGUGUUGAAUAAUGGGAGUUCACUUCCCCCACUGAAUCUUAUAACCAUGGCUACUGUAAUCGAAGCAAAUGGGCCAGUUUACAAUGGACCUGGAGCCAGCAAACCUAGCUCCCCAUUUGUACUCUGUAAUCUUGAGUUAUCUCAGCGUGCUGCUGUAGAAAAGGCCAAAAAGUAUGCAAUGGAACAAAGUAUACGUUCGGUGCUUUUGCGUCAAACUCAGUCACAGCAGUCUCUUCAACUAAAUAAUAUAAAAAAGAAUCAAACUGUUGCACUUCUGAAUCGGGUUUACGUUGGUUCAAUAGCAUAUGAUGUAAAGGAAGACAGUUUAAAACAAGUGUUUUCACCAUUUGGUCCUAUUAAGUCUGUGAAUUUAAGUUGGGAUCCUUCUACACAAAAGCAUAAAGGGUUCGCAUUUCUUGAGUUUGAAUACCCCGAAGCUGCACAAUUAGCUAUUGACCAAAUGAACGGUACUAGCUUUGGUGGGAGGCAGUUAAAAGUUGGUAGACCAAGUAACCUAACAAACGCCGAACCUGUCAUAAAUGAGCUAGUUAAUGAGCACAAUCUUCAUAACCGCAUUUACGUUGCUGGCAUACACUUAGAUCUCACUGAAGAUGAUGUUUCUUUAGUAUUUGAAGCUUUUGGGAAAAUAGUGUUUUGCAAGCUUCAACCUGAUCCAACUAGACCGAUGCGCCAUAGAGGUUUUGGUUACAUAGAAUAUGAAUCCACUCAGAGUGCAGCUGAUGCUGUUGGUAGCAUGAAUCAGUUCAAUCUUGGUGGACAGCUUUUGAGAGUAUGCAAAGCUAUCUCACCCCCCGAUGGUAUUUCAAGUGCCAGUUCUUCUAAUCUCCCACCAGCGGCAGCAGUGGCUGCGGCUUCGGCCACUGCCAAAGUUCUAUCAAUGGAAACAGAGCAGCUCCCUGUGAAUUCUUAUUCAAAGCAACCCGAAGUGGCUCAUCCUGUAGUACUGAAUACUCUGUCCUCCACAACAACACAGUCUACCAAUCUUACCAACAGCUCUUUACCUACAUGUUCUCCCACAACAGUCCCAACUACUGGUCAACCAACACUUGAUCAGCCCUCAUUAAGUGCUGACUUUAAUGCAACAUUCACACAUGUGAAUAAUUACAAUGAGAAUUCUAAUGCUGUUGCUGUAGGGACUUGGCAACCUGAGGUGCCUGGGCAAUAUUCACAUGCCCAACCCUCCUCUGCAUCUCCAAGUAGCUUCACAUCUCAUUCUGCUUCCUCCGGAAAUCCAAACUUUUUCUCAGGCGGGUAAGUAUGAGCAUUUUGAAAUAUACAUCAAUUUCUUGUUUAAAAACUAGGUAUAGUAUCACUUUAUAUGUUUGUUAAGUUCGUUUUCCUCUCUGCUAAUUUUUUCCAACCAUUGCUGCUAUCUUGACGUAGUGGUCGAGCCUGUCUAUCAUGAUGAACCAAUAGGCCCCCACUAGCUGGGACAAUCGUUCCUCAAGGUCCUACCAUGCCAGAUAUGUCGGUUGAAGAACGGUAAGAUUGAAAGCAAAAACCCAAGAUCCUAGGGCGAAUUCAUACUGCUGCACAUGAAACAGGUUUUUUAGGGCGACAGAUGAAGAGCGAGUUUGUAGUGCUUCACUAGUGUCUCGGAUAUAGUUCUCAUACAGACUAUGGACAUCGAUGUUGAAACUUUCUAAAGACUUUCUAUAUUUUCUGAUCUGCAUUAGUGUGCGACGUUAAAGGAGGCCAGUUUGAAUGGCACAUGUGGUUUCAGAAAAGCUGGUUCAGAAUUCGUAUUUGAUGGCAGCGUUCAACUUUCGACUGGUCUGUGACUUGAUAUUGUUUAGAUAGGACAGGAUUUCCACCAUAGGCGAGCUGUUGUAUUAGUUGAAAAAUAAAAGAAUACACAAAGGGGAAUAAAAGCGAAUAGACAAGUGACGCAAUGUAAAAUAUAAACGAAUGUUAUCAAAUAGUCGUGAAUACAAUUUUCGUGAGUGAGAAUAAUUUCUCCACUUGUAGUCAUUUAAAUUCUGUGAGGGUUAGGAUACUACGUGAGUGCCCGAACUAAACGGAGUAGUUAUCUUAGGAAGCUACCUCCCGAGUCUUGACCUAUAGGUCUAAUAAUGCAGUGGAGCAACGUUAUGAGAUACGGUCUCGUGGUAACCGGUAACCAAGAUUAGGUUCACGCGUCACUUGCUUCUUUAAGAUCCUGGAGUCCAUGUACACUAUUGGUUCGGAACCAAGGUUUUCUAAUUCUCUUAGGUGGAUCCUCUGUAGCAAGAAUUGUAUAUAGUAGUAAACCAACAUUAUUAAUGAGAAAUAAGUUUUGAUACUAUAAAGUCCAAAAUUUUGGUUCGGGUUUGCAGCUGCUGUAUGUGAUCAAUUUUUCAUCGUUCAGAAAUUAUACACUUCAGUGAUUUUCCGUUGUGAAUCAUCCAUUGACUCAGGCUUUUGAAAUAAUCUUUUCAGUCAUUCUAAUUAUUCAUUAUCAUAUUUGUGGAGGACGAUAAUAGCUGUCACAGUCCAAUGAUUGUUCGGUCAAACCCUCCUCACAUAAUACCCAAACUUUAAAUCGCUGUUCAGUUGUUUUAUGCAUUCACAAAGGUGCAUAUGUUUUAAUCAGAGUUGUGGACCUAUUGUAAACAAGGUGAUCCUCAUCUUCUAAUUGUGAUUAAAAAGUAAUAUGGUCAUUGUGUUCACCGUCAAUAGUCUUCCCUUUUAUGUCUUCCAAUCAGCCCAGGCAUAAAUAAUGUUGAAUUAGUUGCAGGAUACAACCAUUAUUAGUUUCGUCAGAUUAAAGUCCCAGAAAAACCCUAUUUCCCUCUUGCUUUUGGCUCCAGUUUUCUCAUAUACCAUCCGUUAUGAUGAAUGGAUCUGCACCAUAUUUCUUAUCAAAAGCUAAGCAUCUAGGUACUGCUGAUUGUUCUGGUCGUCCUAACCGGUCAUUAAAUCUACUGGCAUUGGUCCUUUCCUACUUCAAUAAAGUGAUUCAGUCAAGCAAUGUACAUCCCAUUAUCAGUUGGGAUUUAAUGUGAGAAGUACCUUUUUCGUUUUUGAACUUAAUAUUAUAGCCACACAAACAUUCCUUCUCAGUCAGCAAAUUCUAAACUAACUUAGCUCGAAUUCGUUAUUAUGAAAUGUAAAACUAACCGUCUCAGGUAUGAGUUACAGUUGGGGAUCACCUCAUAAUUUAGAAGUCAUGAGCUAUACUGUGGUUACAGCAUUGAUCUCAUACGUAAAAUUCGUUAGUCUUCCGUUUUAUACGGUCAUGUUCCACAGCGCUUGUGUGGAUCAGAUCACUUUAUUACAUAGUAAAUUAGUUGUUUGAUAGGUGUAUCGAUAUUUCUUCGGUUCUUUGAACGUAGUAAAUCGCUAUUUAUAUUAAACUUUUGAAAUCCCUAAUGAUGUGAAGAUUAUCAAGUUUUAACAGUAUCUUAAUGACAAGUUAGUUACCACGUCUCAUUUCUUGUUUCUAACAAAAUAUGUGUAAUAGAAUCAUUGUUUAAUUGUUAUUAGUGUCAAUUGUGUAACUGACCUAAUUUGUUGACAUGGCAGUGAUCUGUCAUUGGAAUGGUUAACAAACAGAUUGUCAAUGUUGUCUCAACUGCUAAAAUCCCUAAUAGUUACAGUUUUCUCUAUAAAGAUUAUAUCUCCAAGGAGUUCAUGGCAAUGUAUGUUCCGGUAGCAUAUCUUGUUUUGGAUUUAUUAUCCAUGACACGUAGAACUAUGGGGUAGACUCAGCUUAUGGAGUCAUGAUUAUAUUCUUUAGAAUUCUUUCUAGAUUAUCAUCUAAAUAAUUUGUCUAAUUUUCUGUGUUUUUAUAUCACCUUCCAAGGGUGAAAAAUGUCCUUGAUUAGGAAUGUUUUUUGAUCAUACCAUAUUGGUGUACUGUUCGCUGAAAAAUCUGAUAACUCAUUUAGGUAGAUUAUACUAAUUAUGUCUAUUAUAGCACUCUUAUUGUGAGGUGUUUUAAUAUACUCAAAUAUUAUGACUUCACAUCUGCAGCAUAGCCUCUGCCAGGGAAGUCCUACUCACUGCCUUCUCGAACCAGGGGUGUUGUUUACGAAAUUGAGGACGAAAAGCGAAUGUCCAAUAGGAGCUUUAACCGGGUUGGUGGACAUGGAGAGUCCACCUAGGAGAGUUGAAAAACCCUGAUUCCAAACCAAUGGUGUACAUGGGCUCCAGUACCCUGAGGGAAAAAAUGGCGUAUGAACCAAUCGUUGGUCACCGGCCAUCAUGGGACUGCAUCUCUUUACGAUGCUCCACUGCCUUGUGGAUCAGAACUUUAGGUCAAAGGCUCCGGGUGUGGCCCCCUAAGAAAACCACCUGCUCCGGUUCGGGCACCCGGGCGGUGUCACAGCCCUCACACAAAUCAAAUGAGAUUUGUCUGGCGCAUAUGUAUCUGGUGCCCCCAUGUACCAGUAUUUAUGUGUUCAAAUAAAUAAAUACAGUUUGAUGCCAAGUACAGAAUUGUAGGUUAUACUAAUUUUAUCACGUACCUGAUUGAUAAUCAGUGAAAGCAACACUAAUAAAAGUUCCAUGUUCGAUUACGUAAGUGGCCUCAUAAUCAUUUAAACGAUUCGUAGGGCAUAUAUGACACAUAACUUCCAACAUCAGUUCUAGUGUUUUAACUGUAUGGUUUUAUUACAGUGAGCUGUGACCUAGUUGUAACCUGAAUGCUUAAUUUGUUGUAUUAAGAAAGUUAUUGCCUGAAUAUUCAACAAGAAUUUGAGUCGUUAAGACUUAGAUAUGGGUGGGAUUUUUUUUGCCUAAUAAUUAUUUUCUAGUGUCUUUUGAUUCUAAACAGUUGGUUUACCUUUUGGUAUUUUUGUUUCCAGUGUUUUGAUUUUACGUAAUAUGGUCGGUCCAGAAGAUUGUGAUGACGAACUGGAAGGAGAAGUGGCCGGAGAGUGUUCUAAAUAUGGAUCGGUUGAAAAAGUGUUAAUUCACCAAGACAGUGCUCAUGAGACAAAUGAAGAAUUCGUCAAUAUUUUUGUUGUAUUUUCUGACCCGUGUUCAGUACACAAUGCUGCAAAUGCAUUAAAUAAGCGCUACUUCGCUGGAAGACAAAUAACUGCCGAGCCAUAUGAUGUGGAAGCUUUUAUGAUGAAUGACUUAUCUCGUUAACUUUUUAGGUGUACCGUUUCUUCUAACAGCCUUGUUUCUUGUAAAUACUAAAUAUAGACAUGAUUUUGACGUUA